AAGGAGGGACACAUAAAGGAAGAAAAGCCAGAAGACAGACGGAGAAGUGGAUGUAUUUUCAGCCAUGGAUGUAACAGUUUACCCGCCUCCUCCCCAGCCGCUGGCCGCUCCAGACCACACCAGGCUGGGCCAGCUCUCCUACCCUGACCCGGCCUUUGGGACCAACAAGCUGGACGGGGACACCAUGUUCCUGGGUAUGCCAGAAGCAGGCCUCGACUUCGCUUCAGCCAAUCAGUUUCGUGUGCCACAGCCCCCUCACCCCCUCAGCAAGGUGACGCCCCCCAACCCACCCUCACAGCACUGGAGGAGGGAAACGCCAAUGGCUGACACUCACCGCCUGCCCUGGUCAUACCCGGUGGGCGGUCUGGGCGAUGACGACUUCAACAUCCCUCCCAUCACUCCGCCCACUUUGCCAGACCACAUGCUGCCACCCCACCUCCCCCACGACUCCUCCUCCGGGCCGUACCACCCUCUGGACCCCCCGUCCAGCUCUGCCUCUCACCACCCCUACCAGCUGCAGGGCAUGGAUCUGCCCGCCAUGGCCGGCGGUCAGGACAGCGCCGCCAUGCUGAACCAAGACGGGGGCACAUUCAGUCCGGACAGCGGUCCGAUGACCAGCACCCUGUCUGUGAUGCAGCAGAUGGUGAACUCAGACUCUCGGUUCACCAGCAGCCAACAGCCAAUCGAAGCAGCGCUCGGACCCAGGAACCAAUCAGGAAUGAGCCAGCAGGGCCAGUUGUCCACCAUCAACCAGUCCCAGCUGGGUCUGAGUGGGAACUCCGUUACCCACAAUUCCCCCUCUCCUCCUGGUAGUAAAUCCGCCACACCGUCUCCAUCCAGCUCCGCACAUGAGGACGACAAUGAUGACGGACUCAGGGGAGAGAAACGACCUGCAACAGUGGACAUCUCAAAGAAACCCAAAACACCAAAGAAGAAGAAGCGAAAGGACCCCAAUGAGCCGGUGAAGCCAGUGUCAGCCUACGCUUUGUUCUUCAGGGACACCCAAGCCAACAUCAAGGCCCAGAACCCCAAUGCCACCUUCGGGGAAGUGUCAAAGAUCGUGGCGUCCAUGUGGGACGGCCUGGGAGAGGAGCAGAAACAGGUGUAUAAGAAGAAGACGGAGACGGCGAAGAAGGAGUAUCUGAAACAACUGGCUGCCUACAGAGCCAGCCUGGUCUCACAGAGCUACAAUGACCCAUCUGAAAUGAAGCCGCCCCACUCUUCCUCCUCCUCUUCUUCUACCUCAAUGUUUCCUCCCAAAUCUUCGAUCUACCCGGGCCACCCGGGCCAGCACCCUUCCGCUGGCUCACUCGCCCACCCUCACCCUCUCCCUCACCCUCAGCACCCCGGCAUGUACAUGUCGUACCCUCACCCGUCGCACCCCUCCCACGCCUCCAGCCCCGGCCUCGGCCCCCACCUAACACACCCGCACACUCAGAUCCACCCCCAGCUGCAGGCCCUGUCCUCCAGGGGAACCGUACCGAGGCCCAGCGUCCCCCACCAGGGGGCCCUGUCCCUGGGCAGCGUGGCAGCCGCAUCCACCCCUCCACUCCAGAUCAGCCCGCCCCUCCACAGCCAGGCACACCUGGGAGGCCUGCACAGCCCGCGCCAUCAGCACCAACAGCUCAGUGGACACUCACUGGGGAUGGCACACUCCCCGGCCAUCACACAGGGCUACCCGGCCUCCCUUCAGUCUGACUACCAGCCAAUCGGAGGAGGCAUGUUGAAUAACGGCGCAGUGAUGUCAUCAUCGGUGGACUACCACCAGCUGGGGCGACACACGCCGAACCACCACCACCCCUCUCUGGACUGGAGCACUGAUUACCAUGGCAACGGCCUUCAGAGAGACAAACCUCUGUAUCUGAGCUAAUCUCAGGACAACCUGACACCAAAUGUAUGCUGAGCCCUUCCACUGCCACGCCGGAGACCCUCCACCCCCGUCUCUCCAUCAGCCCCGGCCCGCCGGUCCGACCUUCAGCCCAGCGAGAGAGACAUCGACUGCCACCCACAGAAUGGACUCACGCUGGACUCAGAGACCACCUGAGUCCGAGACAAACUCCAGUUCAGCACCUAAAGGUCCCAGCAGUAGAAUUAGGAAACAUAUAGCGUAUUGUUGCCAUUUCCUUGAGGUACAUCAGUGUUUUAAGACCUGACAAGAGUGUCUGUAAUCAUCUUUCUGACAAACCAUUGACUGCUCAGUUUUAAGUGGAAGUCGUGUGGAGGAGAGAUGGGCUGGCCUUGUGCUACGAGCCCUGCCGAUCGGUGCGUGUAUAUACUCCCGCCCUCGUCUAAUUUCAUGUCUGCUCUGAAAUUUCAUAUCUUCUUUCUCAUUUUGUAAGGAUGGUGUUCACCAUCAGUUCACAAAGCUCUGAAGAGUGUAUGUAAAUUGCUGUAACAUAAUUGUUUGAGUUCUGAAUUUAUGAAAUUGAUUUUUUUUUUUGUUCCCUCCUUAUUUUUGACGUCAUAGUUGCUGUUUCUUUGUGCAACCGAAGCCAAAACGACAGGGCACAGAAAAACAAAGGGUUAAUAACCAAAUACCCGUCACAUUGUUUCCCCCCUCGGUCUUUAAUUACAAGAACAUAAGGAUUGGAUUUGAUGCAGUAUGUACUGAAGUCUCGCACACAGUCCGCUGAGACGGGAAACGUAUGGUGAGCACAGCGAUAAUGACUGAAAUCACGCCGCUUUCUUCAGCUAGAGACGUACACGACAAAGAUCUGGCACGGCACCUGAAGCUGUUUUGUUGCCGCCUGUUUAACCAGGCACCCGGUGUGAAUAAUUGUGUACCAUUAAGGAACUUUCAUUGUUCUCUUUAACAAACCCAAUGUAUUUUAGUCCUCGAAAUAAUGAAAUGUCAAAUUGUUCGUUGGAGAAAAAGAAACAAAAGUAGUCCUUUGUAUGAUGACGGCUCCUCCUCCUUGGCAUAUGUCUGUUGAUAAUAUUGAUUUGGAUCCAAACUGUGUGCGAGUGUGUGAAGUGUUAAUGAGGAAGCGGAGUGGUUGAUUGGGUUGCAUGGUCUCUUUUGUCAUCUCUAUUUCUCUGUGCACAGAGGCUAUUUAAGAAACUAUAACUGUUGCUGGGUUGGCUGUGUUUUAAUGUUGUUGUUUUUUUUUUUAUUAUUAUUAUUAAAUCAAAUCAAGUUUUCUUUUAGUGUUAAUGAUAAUAAGAGACAUAUCUCUCUCACUCUGUAUCUCUUUGUAUUAAUGUGUUUUUUGGCAGAUGAAAGGACUCUGAACAGCAACCACGAAGAUUUUCUUAUUUUUAGAUUCUAAUGUGUUUGAGAAUAAAGUCAGCGCUGCAUUGAUGUGCAGUGAU